AUGUAUUCAUCUGAGUCUAGUUUAUUUGAGUCAAGUUCUUUUGAAGAAACUAUUACAAUAGUAAAGGAAUUCAAGGAAUCUAAUUCAGAUUAUACAUUAUGCAAAGGAUCUAUUGGCUCCAAAAAGAAGAUUUACAAAGUGAAGUCAGGAAAA